CAAUCAGCGCGCGCGCGUUCUGGGCCGUAGAGCCACUUCUGGAGUAGGCUGAGGCGACCUGAAGUCUGUGGUGCGGCGGAGUUUUUCUUAAAAGGUUAACAAAAAUCAUAAGGCAUAUGUCAGUGAAUCAGCAAGAUCUAGAUCCAGAUAGUACUACAGAUGUGGAAGAUGUUGCCGAUGCUGAAGAAGAACUUAUUAAAAAAUGUGAAGAAAUGUGGAAAGAUAUGGAAGAAUGUCAAAACAAAUUAUCACUUACUGGAACUGAGACACUCAGUGAUUCAAAUGUUCAGCUCUCAUUAUUAAUUAUGCAAGUGAAAUGUUUAACUGCUGAACUUAGUCAGUGGCAAAAAGAAACUCCUGAAAUGAUUCCCCUGAAUGAAGAAAUUCUGGUAACAUUAGGAAAAGAAGAGUUCCAAAAAUUGAGACAUGAUCUUGAAUUGGUGCUAUCUACUAUUCAGUCAAAUAAUGAAAAAUUAAAGGAAGAUUUAGAAAGGGAGCAAAAAUGGUUGGAUGAACAGCAACAAAUAUUGGAAUCUCUUAAUGUAAUACAAAAUGAAUUGAAACAGCAGGUUGUGACAUUUUCUGAAUCAAGAAUUUUUAAUGAGCUGAAAACAAAAAUGAGCGAUGUAAAAGAAUAUAAAGAGAAACUCUUGGUUACCAUGGGUGAGUUUCUCGAAGACCAUUUUCCUCUGCCUGAUAGAAACGUUAAAAAGAAAAAGAAAAACAUUCAAGAAUCAACUGCGCAGCUGAUAACACUGCAUGAUAUGUUAGAGAUUCUUUUAAAUAGAUUAUUUGGUGUUCCACAUGACCCAUAUGUUAAAAUUAGUGAUUCUUUUUGGCCACCUUAUAUUGAGCUGCUCCUGCGUAAUGGAAUUGCCUUGAGACAUCCAGAAGAUCCAACCCGAAUAAGAUUAGAAGCCUUCCAUCAGUAAAAAGAUGGUGUUUUUUUCACACAGUACAUAAAGAAUCUUGUCAUUCAAGGAUAAUGGAAACACUGAGAACUGCUUGGAUAAAAAAUGUUAUUUGCUAAUCAAAACGCAUAAUAUAGUCCAUUUUCCUUUCUUGCUUAAAAUGACUCAUGCUGCCAUCUACUAUUCAUUUAAAAAUGAUAGCUUCAUAGUCAGUCAAUGCUUUUGUGUUUUCAACUGAGUUGACAAGAAUGUAAGUAAAAGACAUUCUAGACUUUAUAAUACUUUAAAUAUACCUUACUUCUGCACUAUUCUUUGGAAAAUUCUUUGUUAAUUAUAUUCCUAAUGUAAUGUUUUUCUUUUAAAAUAUAUGCCAGUUUAUUUUAUGCAUUUUGAGUUCUAUUUGGUGCUUAUAUCCUGUAAAUUUAUAAAUUAUGGUGAAAGGCCAUAAUUUGCUGGAGGUUAAAAAACUGACUUAGUAUCUUAAUGUAUAAUGUAGCAUAAUUUUUAAGUAUAUAGUACAUCUGUUCCAUGUAUACUACAAUAUUUCUAGGUUUGUUAAAGAUUGGAAUAUUAAAAAAUAAUGAAUAAAGGUAGCAUGAAAGCUAUCUUAAUGUGUAUUAUAAGUAAUAUAUAUAUUAAACCUUUCUUCAUUCUGUUAAUUAUUGCUAAUGAUAUUGUGUUUGUGAAAUUUUGUUAAUCCUCUGUGACUUUUCUGUAAAUAAAAUUCUCAUUUAAAAUUCUCUAGCUUUUUUGGGGGUGUGGCAUGAUAUUUUAAUAAAUAGCCUUUAUCAUAGGUAGAUAAGUGACAAUAUAAUUAUACUACAUAUAAGGUAAACUAGAGAAUUCCAAACACUUUUUGUGUCAUUAGUUUUCAGAGUGGACUUGGUGUAUAUUUUUAUUUUUGAAAUUGAUUUCUACUGCAUUGUAUUAUUCAAGUUUUUUAUUUACCUUGAAUACUAAGUCUCUCUUAAAACAGGCAAAAACUUACAAGUAUACCAUGUCCCUUUUGUAACAAAUACAAAUACUGUUAUAUUUUAGAAAACUUGUAAGUUCUUUCUCGGGAAGAUGACAUACAAAAAUACCUUCCUAGAAUACUCUAAUUGAGAUUCAAAGGAAUGAGCAACUUACUAUUCCUUGAAGUUACUAGAAAAAGGCAAAAUGGUGCUGGCAGUAUAAGUUUGACAGUAUUUCUACAAAGCAGAUAAUACUGUUGUCUGUGAACUUCUCUGUGUUGCAAAUUACAGAAAUAAAUAGAUAAA